AUGGCUGAAAGAGUUCGCCAUGGAUUACUAUCGAAGAAAGGCCUAGUCGACGUGGUGGCAGGUCCUGAUGCCUACAGGGACCUCCCACGUCUGCUAGCGGUGGCUCGAGCGGGGACCAGUGCAAUAAAUGUGCAGUUAUCAGUUGAGGAGACCUAUGCUGAUGUGAAGCCUGUACGAGUCGACAGAGACGCGAAAACUGCUUAUGUUUCAAUAAUGCGCGGAUGUGAUAAUAUGUGUACCUACUGUGUGGUUCCCUUGACAAGAGGCAGAGAGCGUAGCCGACCUAUAGACUCAAUCAUUGAUGAAGUGCGACGGCUCAGUGAUGAAGUGAGAAUUGCUAUAAGUAGAUUCUUUCAUAGAACUUAUGAAUUAGAGGGCAUCAAGCAAGUGACGUUGCUCGGGCAGAAUGUGAACAGUUACCGCGAUAUGUCUGAGUCGACAUAUGUCGUGGAAGGGGGAGCAGCUACUACUACAGUUCCUGGUUUCUCAACUGUUUAUAAACCAAAGAUUGGUGGGCGUACAUUUGUGACUCUGUUAGAUAAGAUCUCCGAAAUCGAUCCGGAAAUGCGAAUUCGAUUUACAUCCCCACAUCCAAAAGAUUUUCCUGUAGAAGUGAUCCAACUUAUCAAAGAGCGUCCGAAUAUUUGUAACCAACUACACUUGCCUGCGCAAAGUGGAGAUGAUGACACAUUGCAAAGAAUGGGCAGAGAAGCUCACCGGAGAACCCUUGAUUUGAUUCACGCGGUCAAAUAUUCAUUUUGUUAUGUCUUCCCUUACAGCAUGAGAGAG